CUGCGGGCCGGCAUGGAGGAGCACGGCGAUGCCGAGCCGACCGCUGGCUGCAGCAGUCUGGGCCCGGGCGGCGUUCGCAGCGGCGGCGGUGCUCCCUCGUGGACCCCUGAGGACGCCUGGCUGGGCACCCACCCUAAGUACUUAGAAAUGAUGGAAUUAGAUAUAGGAGAUGCCACCGAAGUCUAUAUAGCAUUCUUGGUUUACCUGGACCUCAUGGAGAGUAAAAGUUGGCAUGAAGUAAACUGUGUGGGAUUACCAGAACUCCAGCUCAUCUGCCUUGUUGGUACAGAGCUAGAAGGGGAAGGGUUACAGACUGUGGUGCCUGUGCCCAUCACUGCUUCCCUCAGCCAUAACAGGGUAAGGGAGAUCUUGAAGGCAUCUCGAAAAUUGCAAGGUGAUCCAGAUUUGCCGAUGUCUUUUACUUUGGCCAUCGUGGAAUCUGAUUCUACAAUAGUCUAUUAUAAACUUACGGAUGGAUUUAUGCUGCCAGACCCUCAGAAUAUUUCCCUUAGAAGAUGACAUCUAUGCUUCCUGAUGCUUAUUUUAUUCAUUCAAGAUUGAAUUUGAGACCUGUCAGCCUGCUUCAUCUUUUGUCUCAGAGAUAGUCAGGGUUGACUUAGGUUGACUAGUCAGGGUUGACUUCGAUAGUCAGGAUUGACUUUCCCAUCCCACAAGUUUUCUUCAGAAAGAAUAAAACUUCCCCAGAUAGAAGAUUUUUUUGUUGUUGUUCAAGAAUAUAGAGUAGUCAGUCUAGAACUCUCUUAUCUGGAGACAGUUUAAUUACAGUUGUGUACAGUUUUAGGCCUAGGAUGUACUCAGAGAGGUGGAACCCAUGUGCUGCUUCUGUCAUCCCACACUCAUAGCCGCACCUUUGUUCAUUGCUGCCCCUGCUAGCUCCGUGUUGUGACUGCCACCUCUUUCACUUACUCAACUCUCCCAGUGCUUUUUGGCCAUUACAGAGAGCUUGGAAUGGCAUUUCAUAUAUGCCUUGACACCUGAGAGUUUACUUCUAUUUGCCUUUUUAUCCCUAGUAGGAAGUAAAAGAUUUCUUUCAGUUGGUUUUCCUAUUGAAGUUACUGUUACUUC